UAGCAGCAGGCCGAGGCGAAGUUAGUUUGGUUGCCAACAAAGGCACCAACAAAGUGAGACAACUAAUAAACUGCUUUUACCUUCUCUUGCUUCCUCCGCUGCUUUCACAGUUCUAUCCUACUCUGCCUCCUCGUACACACGCUCCCUCCCCUCCCCUCUCUCCAAUCCAUACCCAAUUUCACCCUUUUUUUUUUGUUUUUUUCUUUCCAUUUCUCUGUCAAUCCCAAUGUUGUUGAUAUUUUCCCCUUCCCCUACCCAUUAAUUCUAACGCCACAGGACGUUUUUGCUAUUUGGGUACCUUUCAAGUUUGCUGCUUUUGGCCGAUCAAUUUCUUUUCUAACAUUUGAUUUCAAGAGCAUGGCUCUUCAUUCGACUGCCUUUUGCUUUAGUGGUGUGGGUUUCUCUUCUCGUCAUUCGGUUACUUUCAGACGUGGGAAUGUUAGAGCCUCUGGUUUCUCUUUGCCUCCUCUUGUUUCCAUUCAGAGAUCAAAUUUGCAAUGUAAAGCAUUUUCAGGUGAUGGGUUAAAUGCAGCAAAGGACUCCUCCCUGGUGGUUUGUUUUGGGGAAAUGCUGAUUGAUUUUGUUCCAACCACCAAUGGGCUUUCAUUGUCUGAAGCACCUGCAUUCAAAAAGGCUCCAGGAGGUGCACCAGCAAAUGUUGCAGUUGGUAUUGCUCGUCUAGGUGGCUCCUCAGCUUUUAUCGGAAAGGUUGGUGAAGAUGAAUUUGGAUACAUGCUUGCCAAUAUAUUAAAGGAGAAUAAUGUGAACAAUGAAGGGAUGCGAUUUGAUCCUGGUGCACGAACUGCUUUAGCAUUUGUUACAUUGAGAAAUGAUGGAGAACGUGAAUUCAUGUUUUACCGAAACCCAAGUGCUGACAUGUUGCUUCAAGAAGAUGAACUUGAUUUUGAUUUGAUCAGGAAGGCAAAAAUAUUUCAUUAUGGCUCUAUAAGUCUCAUAACAGAGCCAUGCAAGUCAGCACACAUGGCAGCGGCAAAAGCAGCAAAGGAUGCUGGUGUCCUCCUGUCCUAUGAUCCUAACCUGAGGCUUCCACUUUGGGCAUCUGCUGAGAGUGCCAGAGAAGGCAUUCUGAGCAUUUGGGAACUUGCUGAUAUUAUUAAGAUAAGUGAAGAAGAGAUAUCUUUCUUAACUAAAGGGGAGGAUCCAUAUGAUGAUGCUGUUGUUAGGAAGCUGUUCCAUCCAAAUCUUAAAAUGCUUCUUGUCACUGAGGGUGCAGAUGGUUGCAGGUAUUACACUAAGGAGUUCAGCGGGAGAGUCAAGGGAUUAAAGGCGGAUGCAGUGGACACUACAGGUGCUGGGGAUGCUUUUGUGGCUGGAAUAUUGUCACAGCUAGCUGAGGAUCUGUCCUUGCUUGAGAAUGAGAAGCAAUUAAGAGAAGCUCUCAAGUUCGCUAAUGCUUGCGGUGCAUUGACUGUGAUGGAGAGAGGUGCAAUUCCGGCUUUGCCAACCAGAGAAGUUGUGGAGAAUGCCAUCCUCAAGUCCGUAGCAUAGGACUUCCCAGAAGAUGUCUGCAAUCCUAGUUUUAUGGGAAUUCUUUUUGAUGAGUGAUAAUGCUGGUGCUGGAAGCCAGCAUAAGAUAUAGUUUGCUUAAAUAAUUCCAACAUUUCCCAGUCAGUGCUGCUGUAAGUUUUUUAAUAAUUUAUUGAGUGUAAUUAUUUUGACUCGGGAGAUUGUAACAACCCCAUGUGUUUCUUAUUCUGAGAAACGACACCCACAAGCUAUGAUUACUAAUUUUGUGA